AUGGCAAUCCCAAGAAACUCCCUUGGUGCCUUUCUCAAGCAAGCAAAAGCCAGCUUGAAAAAAGCCAUAGACCAGAAGGAGAAGGUCACCUUGGUCAUUGGCAAUGAAUCAGCGGAUCUUGACUCAAUCACGGGCUCAAUAGUCUAUGCAUACCUCAGAUCCAUCACACCCUCGCCACGAUCCUCCACCGCUCUUCACAUACCAGUCUUGAAUAUUCCUAGAGCGGAUAUAGACCUAAGGCCUGAAUUGCUCACUCUGCUGCCUCAUGCAAAUAUUUCGAAAGACCAACUAAUCACUCUGGAUGAUCUUCCCGACCUUGGCUCCAUCAAAGAAACUCUAGCUCCUGAAUUGACCAGAUGGUUCCUCGUCGACCACAAUGCCUUGCAGGGAAAACUCGGCGCCAUCUACUCUGAUCGUGUGGUAGGCGUUAUCGACCAUCACGUAGAUGAGAACAGAGUUCCCAAGGACACUGGCGACGAACCACGUAUCAUCGAGACCAGCGGAAGUUGCACCACUCUGAUCAUAAACCAUUGCCGUGAAGCUUGGGACAACCUGUCAUCAGGCACAUCCUCUACAGGGGCAGCUCAUGCGCAAGGCGAUACCUUGAUGGAAGACGAAGCCGUGACUUCGCUCUGGGACGCACAGGUAGCUCAGCUUGCUCUUGCUUCAGUACUCAUCGACACCAUAAAUCUUGAAGACAAACACAAGACGACAGAGCUUGACGAGCACGCAGUCACCUACCUCGUGGCCAAAAUCAAUCUAUGCGCAAAACUCGCAACUCAAUUCGACAGAAGCGCCUUCUUUGACGAGAUCAUCGAAGCCAAAAGAAACCUCGACUCCCUCACUCUGGAAGAGAUAUUCAGAAAAGACUACAAACAAUGGACAGAGAAUGGAUUGAUUCUAGGCACAAGCGCAGUCGCUCAACCCAUACAGUUCCUCAAGCGCAAGAUUAAUGACGACAACAGCCCUACCGACUACAAAUCCCUUCUGGAAGCCGCAAAGAAGUUUUCCCGCGAGAAGGACAUGUGUAUUUUUUCCAUCAUGACAGGAUACGCAGACGAGGAAGGCAAGCUCGCCAAACAAUUGGCUGUGCUGGCUGUCGACGAAAUGGGUGUCAGCAUCUGUAACAAGUUCCGUGACGAUGCCAUUGAGAAGUUUGAGCUAGAAGAAGUGGACACGGCUGAGAGCGAUGGACAGUGGUUCCAUGUGUGGCAGCAGCGCAAGCUUGGUCCUAGUAGAAAGCAGAUUGCUCCUUUGAUUAGAGAAGCCAUGUCGGCUUGA